GCAUUGAGAUGAAAUUUAAGAAUAAGCUGUUUCCUAUGAUCGUCUGCCCAGCCUGGAUUCCUGAGCUGAAUUCAGUGGAGCAUGGACCAGAGGGUAUCUCCUUUGGAGCCUCUUGUCCCUUGAGCCUUGUGGAAAAGACACUGGUCGAUGCAGUUGACAAACUUUGUGCCUACAAAACAGAGGUGUUCAAAGGUGUCUUGGAGCAGCUGCGCUGGUUUGCUGGGAAGCAGGUCAAGUCUGUGGCGUCCAUUGGAGGGAACAUCAUCACUGCCAGCCCCAUCUCUGAUCUCAACCCCGUGUUCAUGGCCAGCGGGGCCAAGCUGACCAUCGUGGCCACAGGCACCAGGAGAACGGUUCGGAUGGAUCACACCUUCUUCCCUGCUUACAGAAAGACCCUGCUGGCUCCGGAGGAGAUACUGCUUUCCAUCGAGAUCCCCUACAGCAGGGAGGUGAGAUGUUCA